AUGACCUUCGGUCCGAAGAUGCCAACUCUGCUGCACAUGGCCUCCAUGGCUCCAGAGCGCAGGAAGCCUUGGAUCUUGCUUCGUCAACUUGAGCUUCCGGGCAGCGGCGGCACACGAGGAUUCCGGUCAUUGGCUGAUCGCUUGACAAAGACAUCUCCAGAGACGUUGAGAUCCACUGCUGCCAUCGCGGGCUUCGUGCUUCUAGGAGGCCUGCUUGUCGGAACAUUCUGCACCGAGGUGAUCUCUCGCCUCAAUGGCAAAGGCGAGCACGUGAGGAACCGAUCGUCCGAUGGUCGCUGA